UCAAACCUCUUAUGCCAAGGCUUUCAGAACAGUCAAGACACGUUACGAGUGAAGAUCUGGUGUUGACUAUUGGUCGUGAUAACAAAAGAGAGGAGAAGGAGAUACUGCUUAAAUCAACCAGUCCUACAAUUCACAAAUGGAAAUGACAAAACCUCCAUUAAUGCCAUCUGACAUCAAUCUUCAGACCACCAACGAGUCGAAAACCUCCAAUGCUUCCAAUCCAAACAGCUCUAAUGACUAUAAUGGCUUCAUAGGUGGAGAUCUUGUCUACACUUCCAUUAUCAUUAGUGUUGAGUUCCCCAUGAUCUGUUUGGCUAUUUCUGCUGUUUUCACUCUCAUCAAAUCAAACCAAUCUACACCAGUUUUUGUCAUAAAUCUACUCACUGCGGAUCUCAUUCAGAUCCUUUGCCUGUUACUCUACAUCAUACCUUCUGAAUGGACAGCAAACAUUUCCAAUGGCACAACAAUGUGGCUUACUUUCACACGUUGUUAUUUCAUGACCUGUAUAGCUGUUGAGAGAUAUAUAAUGAUCGCUCAUCCCGUUUGGCACAGGACUCAUCGCUCUGUUAAAUGUCUUGUUUGUGCUUCAUUGACUGCUUGGUUUCUACCUUUAAUCGUUGUUCCACCCUGCAUUUUUAUACCUCAUCUGCAAUACAUCAUGCCCUUCAUCCCCUAUGUAGUGAUCAUUGUGUGUUUUGCACUAGUGUGCAGGUCUCUUUCCCAUUCGAUAUCUCUCACUCCACUGAAGAAGCAGUUAGUUUUGGCUCCUCUGUUCUUUGUGCUGAUGAGUUACACCUUUCUAACCCUUCCUGGUAAUAUUCUUUUCAUAUUUUUUGCAUAUACAAAUAUGGAUGGGUCUCUAAUUCGUCUGUGGAUUUUCACUGAAUAUCUGUACAUGUUAAACCCGCUUGUGGACUGUUUGCUGUAUGUUUUUAUGAGGUCUGAUGCAGAGAACAUAAUCUGGACCCCUCACUGCUGCAGCAAACCCAAGGGAAGCCAGAAUGAAACCCAAAGCACGAUGGUGGUGACUGAUUGCGAAUGAGAGACUAUUGAUGUCAGCAACACAUUAAUGAAUACACAAAGAUUCAUCAUCGUUCUCAUUACAGCAUGUACUGUAUGCAUAAAUGAAAUGUGCUUGAGACAUAUACGGUUUACUGUGAUUUGAUCAUAAGAAGAUGCAUGUUCUGUAAAAUGUGCUUGUAUUGUUGUAUUGUUCAUAAAUAUGU